AUGCCUUUUACCCUUACACUCAAACCGAAGAAAGCCAAAGGUGGACAGGUUUACUAUCCACUUCAACUCAACGUCGUCUCGAAGCCGGCACCUGGUCCCAAUGAGGUUCUGAUUCAGCUUGAAGCUGCAGCCUUGAACCACCGAGACUUUUUCCUCCGCCAGAAUCUCUAUCCUGGUCUCUCCUUCAAGUCACCUAUGCUUUCAGAUGGGUGCGGGACUGUUGUCGAACUUGGACCAGGUUGUACCACGGCAUCAAACCAACUUCUCGGCAAAAAAGUCAUUUUGACUCCUUUCCGCGGAUGGGAUUCCGAUCCAGAGGGUCCGGAAGACUAUUCGAACUUUAGCACGAUUGGUGGUGUUGAGCCUCACUUUGACUUGGGCAUGGCGCAGAAUUACAUUUCCGUGCACGAGUCUGAGGUGGAGCUCUUGCCUGAGCACUUGAACCACAUCGAGGGUGCUGCUUUGCCAUGUUGUGGUAUCACGGCCUGGCGUGCCUUGGUCACCAAGUCCGGCAAUGCCAAACCUGGCCGCAACAUCCUGGUGACCGGUAUCGGGGGUGGCGUAGCUAUACAAACGCUGCUGUUCGGUGUUGCCAUGGGAUGCAACAUGUAUGUCAGCUCCAGCUCUGACGAGAAGCUUGCCAAAGCGCGUGAGCUUGGUGCUGUUGGGACUGUCAAUUACAAGACCGACUCUGACAGCUGGGACAAGACGCUGGGGUCCCUACUGCCAGCAGAGCGACCCUACUUAGAUGCCGUCAUUGAUGGAGCAGGUGGGAAUAUUGUGACCAAGGCUCUGACUGUUCUCAAGCCCGGGGGUGUGAUUGUAUGUUACGGCAUGACGGUUGGGCCAGUGAUGGAUUGGCCGAUGCAGGCAGCGCUGAAAAAUGUCGAUUUGCGGGGAACGAUGGUCGGCUCGAGAGCAGAGUUCAGGGAGAUGGUGGAAUUCAUCAGUACCCACAAGAUCAAGCCAGUUAUUAGCAGGACCGUCAGGGGCCUUGAUUGUGUGGAUGCGAUUGAUGGACUUUUCGAAGACAUUCGCACGGGAAAACAGUUUGGAAAACUGGUUAUCGAAAUCUAG